AUGGAAGAAAAAUACAAAUUGUUUGAAGCACUUGAUGAUGUGAGCAGCAUCUUCUCAGAGGUGAAUGAUGAAUGGACUGCUGCAUGCUUCGAAGAUAAUUUUUCGGACUUCGCCAACUUCGCACAUUCGAUACAAUUUUCAGUCCUUCAAGCCUUCGACUACCUACAACGCCUUUCGGAAUUAUGUUUCCGGCUAAUGUUAUAUGCUGAGAAAACAAAUUCGUCAACCGAAAUAUGGCAUGAAAUAGCUAGAAAAAAUUUUGAUGCAAAGAAAUUAUGCAUUUUUGCGUGGUAUCUGAUUGAACGGGGACUCCAGCCUGAUGUUGCCUGUGAAGAUCGAAAAGUGGGGCUAAUUGGUUCACGAAUUUAUAUUUCACUGUGCUGUUUAAGUGGAGCGCAGGCUUUCAAUAUCUUCAAUGAUUAUCUCUUCCAGAGGGCUUUGGAUCAAUUGCGAUUAAUUCGUGGAUUACUUAGUAGUGGUCAUCUUUCGAUAACUAAUAAUCGUGUAGACAUAGUUCAGAAUACCAAAAGUAAAAAUAAGAAACCAUUUGUUGUAAAUAACGCAAGAGUAAAGCAAACAGUUUUUGAACAACUUACUUUGGAAGACGGAACAGAAUUAAGAUAUAUGCUUUGUGAUGUUUUGGAUUCAUUAUUCGUCUUUUUAAACAGAGACUUACUUUCAUCAGCUCAACAAUGUUUAAUAUCAUUGGCAGUUUUUUUGCAACAGCUUAUGCAACUUGAUUUUUCCGAAAAAACGUCUCUUUUACAGUGUAAGCGGUUGUCAGACUUCCAGAGAUUACGGGGGUUUUCUGACCGAUCAUUCGCUCUGAUGCAUCGCUUUCUAGAUAAUCGGCAUGCUGCUUCUGGCGUUGUAUACGGAAGAGUUGUUAUGCCGCGACUAUUAUUCUGGACAUUUGAAAAUACCGUACUUCCCACGAAUGCUUAUCCACCGAAACUGAUGACCACUUAUAAGGAAGCGAUGCUAAAUUUUAUCAGAUUAAGAAUAGAAAAAAAUUCUGAAGAGGAGAUAUUCACUAUUUUAUUGGUGCUUCAAAAUAUAUGUUUUCGUUGUCCAGAUCGCAGUGAUUAUCGUGCAAAAGUGGCAAGUUCCGUUAUUGAAGUCCUUGCCUAUCUGCCUCCCAAACAUAUUCGAGAUUUUGCCAACUUCCUGUUGCUAAUUGGCGCCAAUUCCAAAGUUGCAGUACGUGGUUUUGUUAUUGAAAUUGCAGUACCGUUUGUGAAACAAUGUGGUCAUAUCCUUGAAGUUAGUUGCAAGAAAGAAAAUAGAACUUACGAUUGCGAACAAAUGCAUGAAGAGGACAUGUCCAGUGGCAAAGAAAUACCGAUGGAGGUAGAUGGAGCUGAAGAAGAUGAUGAUUGUGAUAGACAAAAAGUCCGAAAGAAAGAAAAAGGAAAGAAAGCAAUAAGCAACAAUCUGGUAAAGAAAAUCGGUCUUUAUAAUGCUAUUUUGGUUUUUGUAAUAAGAAGCUGUAAUGAUAAAUCCCCAAUGGUACGAACUCGAGCUUUGAUGCAGAUUGCAAUAUUGCUUCAUGAUGAAAAUAUACGCAGCAGGCUUUUGAAUUUAUCAAAGACACCGAUGUAUGUUUAUUGUUGUGAAGAUGAGGAUGCUAAAAAGCAACGAGAUGAUCCAAUACUUCUGAGGACUAUUACAACUCGCUCUUUGGAUGCAAGGGUAUCAACCCGCAGAGCAGCAAUAAUUGCUCUUGAAUCACUUUUUUCAACUCUUUCUGAAUCACAACAAGCAGAAUUUUUAACAGUUUUCCAGCAGCACUGUCGAGAUCCCUCACUAUUGGUAAGGAAACAAGCUGCUGAAUCAUUGAGCCGUUUACUUUUAUCCUUUGGUGCAAAUACUAACAUGCUUGAUAAAGUCUGGCUUACAUCAGUUCUGCCUCUAAUUAAUGAUCGUGAGCAAUCGGUUGUACAACUAGCAUCCAAAUUAGUUUUGGAAACACUUAUUUUGCCUGCUGUAGAAGACACGACACCUUUUGUUUGGCGUAUUUUGGAAGCAGUAGAACAAGAAGUUAAUCAUAGGCGCUUAUUAUUACGCUCUUUACUUCACCAGGCUAAAGAAGGAGGGUUAACAGAAUGCGCCAUUGAAAGCUUGUUAAAGAAGUGUGACGACUUAAAGAAUGUGAAUAUUGUUUGGAUGUUACUGAAUUUUUUAAGCAAUGUGUUCAAGAUUGAUGGUUCUCAAGCGGUCCGUUUCUGGUAUACGCUAAAUGGAAGUGAUGAAAGUAAUGUAGUUGGUUACGUUGCCGAAGUUAUUGCGCGCUGUGCUGAUCGUAUAAGUGAAGCGAGUCGAAACCAGCUUAUUGAGAAUUUUAGUACAAAGCUAACUGAAUUUGGUAUAAGCGAAGGUCACAUCGCUCAUGUUUACUACGCAUUUGCUCGUUUAUGUAAUGGUAUUGGCGAUGACAGCGCAGGUGCAAAACAGAUGCUGGAAUUUAACCGUAAUUUAAUGGAUAAAUCACUUAAAAUUUUAAAGAACAUAAUUUUUCAUCCGAUCAGUGGUUCUGGUGAAGACCUACUUACUCAGGAAAAUGACAAAACAGCAAAACUUCUUGUACGAAUUAUAAACUCACUGGGUGAAGCAGUUCAGUAUAGCCCGAUAUUAUUGAGCACGAAUCCGAAAGUAUUUGAUAUUAUGCAAUUAAUAAUGGCUUCUGAUGUGAUACAGCAACAACUGACUCAAAUAGGUACUUUAUGCAUAGCCGCAUCUUCAGUACGCCCAUCAACUGCCGCUCAUUGUUAUGAUAUGAAAGGUUUUGUAAAGCAACAACCACAACAGACUGAUGUUCAACAAGUUCCGGAUUGCAAUUCUUAUGAACACUGUGUUUCUUCGGCUGGCUUUCUUCAAACCUCUAUGUCUUCUAAUCAACCUAAUAAAGAUAUUGAUAGUAAUCAGAAAGCAUCUGCAUCAGUAAAUCAAGAAUGUAGAACAUCGCAACCAACCAGUCAUGGAUUAGGUCCUACAUUUCUGCGCCAACAUACUGUUAAUAUGGAAGUGUUAACUCCAGCUGUAAGAGCACAGGCAGUUCUAGCUAUUGGUAAAAUGUGUCUUCAGGACGAAAAGCUGGCAAAGAAAUGCGUCCCAGUGCUGUCACGACAGCUUUUAGUAAACAGCAAUCACUUAGUUCGAAGCAAUAUUGUUAGUGUAAUUUGUGAUCUUUGCAAAAGGUACACAUUACUAGUUGACCGUCACAGUGCAAUCAUAGCUUCUUGUCUGAAAGAUCCAUCGACGCUGGUGCGAAAACAAACGCUAAUGUUAUUGACACAUCUCAUCAAAGAACAGUUUGUACGUUGGGCAGGGCAGAUUAUGUACAGAUUUGUGUCAACAAUUUUGGAUGAAAAUAAGGAGGUUCGCGAAUACGCAGAGAUGUGUUUGAUUGAUGUGCUGCUUGUGCAAUUCCCGAACAUGUUUGUAAAUCAUUUCCUGGAAUGUGUUUUUUAUUUCAAUUCAGUCACACACAGUUUAUGGUCGGCGACAACUAAUGCCAUGGAAGAUGAUACAGAAAGGCAAGAUUUAAAGUGUUCUUUAUCAGGAUUUCGAUUAAAGAAUGCACGAAUGAGACUUUACCGAUUUAUGAUAAAAACAUUUAAUGAUGAAAACAAAUUUAUGAUUGGAAUGCGUAUUGGUCAGGAAGUUUAUUCAGCUAUAGUAGACGGCGAGCUCAACAUUUACGAUCGUCGUGUUAAAGCCUUGCUUGAAGAUUGCUACGAAAUAAUGUGUUGUUCGGAAAUAAAACUGUCUAUGGCUUUGGGUAAGAGAUCACCAGGAGAAGCGGAUGGUGAUGAUGAUGAUGAACCGCCAUCAAAUGUUCAGGAAGCAGCAAAGAAGGUUGUAACACAAGCAUUCCGCAAAGGUAUCAUCGAUGCCAUUUUACCUCAUAUCAUACAACUAAAAUAUUAUCUACAGGAGAAGCGCCUACCUGAAUUGGAAUUUGGAAUCAUCAGAGUUCUGAGGGAAUUAUGUAAAGACCAUCGCGAGCAAUUAGACGAAUUUUUGGCAAGUGACAAGCAAUUAAAAGCUGAAAUAAAGUUUGAUCUCGAAAAACUUGAGGAAAAAGAAAAAAGGAUGAAAAUUUUGAACAACAAUGAUAUAAUGGCUGAAGUACCUUUUUUGCCAAAUAGAAAGGUUUCAUUUGCUGCUGAUCGCAUGGUAUCUUCAUCAGGUCAAAAUUCUGAAACUCGGAAGCAAAAAUGUAAAGUGGAAACGAUUACACAUACCGAAGUGCAAAAAAGUGAACAAGAUAACGAUGGUAGUUUUAAUUGUUCUUUAUUAUUUGCUGCUGAUGGCAUGGUACCUUCACCAGGUCAAAAUUCUGAAAUUCGAAAGCAAGAAGGUAACGUGGAAACGAUUACACAUACCGAAGUGCAAAAAAGUGAACAAGAUAACGAUGGUGAUGCCCCAAUAGUUGAUUCUAUUGAUAAAAGAGACCGAGAGUUGACGGAAGGACAAACGAAAAGUAAUGAUGACGAGGAGAAGAAUGCCGAGAGUGUUCAACCUUCAACAAGUGUAAAGGAAUAUUUUAUCCCAACUGAAAUUACUAUGAAGAUCAAGAAACGAAGUCAAAAAAUAAAAUUUGAACAGGCAGAUGAAGAAAGCGAGUUACCCGUACGAGCGAUUUCAACGCCAGAACAUAACGUCGGCGAGCUAACUUUUGGUCUGGGCGAUGAUAUGUCAGCAAUUGAAAGUACACCAACAAGAAAAAGGUCAAAACGACAACUUCGACAACCCUGUGUGCCACCAAUUGAAGAAGCUGAUAACGAAAAUGAAUGA